AUGGCAUGCCAAGAAUCACAACCAGAAAUCGACGCGCUCAUCGAACUCGGGUCCACACUCAUCGAGUCAAUCUUUGAAUUCGGCUCUGGCAAAAAGUCACUCGACGAGAUUAAAGCCUUGAUAAUUGACCAAGACGCACCGUUAUGGUAUCAAGAUGAUGAAGAGGGUAACUCGGCCUUACAUGCUGCUGCAUAUGUAGAGAGUAAGGAGCUUGUGGAUUUGUUGAUUGAGAGGGGGGCUGUUUGGAAUGCUGUGGAUAACUCUGGAAAUACAGCAGGAGACGUUGCCCUGUCUUUGAAUAACGAAGAGUGUUAUAGGUCAAUACGGGAUGCAGGACUUCGAUCCGAAUUUCUCCUCUCGCAUUUAUCGAAAAAGAAAUCACCUGUAACCUCAUCUUCAUCUCUCAUCCUUCGUGCAAACGACGAGACAGCUGCCGGAUCAACAACGGAGUUCCUCAACUCACGUUUGGUGUUUAGGAAAGAUGAGAAUGGACAGGACGUUUGUGUUGUUAGAUCUGGUGAGGAAGAGGUGGGUGUUAUGAUGGGUUGGGAGAGAGGCAUUAUGCAGGAGACUGUGAAUAAGCUUUGUGAAGGGCUUGAUGGUGAAUACUCAGUACUGAACGUUGGGUUUGGUCUUGGAAUAAUCGACUCGAUGUUCCAAUCCCUACCGAAUCCUCCAAAACAACACUUCAUAAUCGAAGCUCAUCCAGAUGUCCUACAACACAUGCGUGAACUGGGGUGGUACAACAAACCUGGAGUAACCAUCUUAGAAGGAAAAUGGCAAGACCUCAUCGAGAGUGAAGAAAUUAUGGGUGUUGGAGGGUUCGAUGUGGUUUAUACCGAUACGUUCUCAGAGAACUAUGAGGAUCUCCGCGCUUUCUUUGAACAUUUACCAGACCUACUGAACGGACCUGAGGCUCGAUUCAGCUUCUUUAAUGGACUUGGAGCGACGAACGCCCUAUUUUACGAUGUCUACACACAACUCUCCGAACUGCACCUAUCAAACGUCGGUCUCAGCGUAAGCUGGAGUGACGUGGACCUAUUUGAAGAAGGCGAAAAGCAGGAAGAAGUUGAUAGAUGGGGAGGGACGAGGAAAUACUUCUCGAUGCGAUUUUAUCGCUUACCUCUUGCUCGCAUGUCACUUAUGGCAUAA